UUCCCAGAUCUAAUCAGGCCCGAUAAAAGGUCUCUGGGAGUGCAGAGGCCCCAGAGUGGAUCUGAGAGAGGCACAGCUGUAGAUCCUGGUCCUGUGAUUCAGAAGUCAGCACAAGGUUAGCAGCACUGAGACCUGAAGGAGAGACUGUGUGGAAGGUGGCAGACCCUGCAUCAUGGAUUCUCUUUCAAAAGCAAAUGGCACCUUUGCCAUCCAGGUUUUGAAGAUGCUGUGUCAAGACAGACCUUCACAAAAUGUGUUUUUUUCUCCCCUGAGCACCUCCUCUGCCUUGGCCAUGGUCCUCCUGGGGGCAAAGGGGAACACCAAGAUCCAGAUGGCUCAGGCAAUGUCUUUAAACACAGAGGAAGACAUCCAUAAGGGCUUCCAGAUGCUUCUCACCCAAGUGAACAAGCCUGGCUCAAAGUAUUUGCUUACAACAGCCAACAGACUCUUUGGAGAGAAGACCUGUGAUUUCCUCUCAACUUUUAAGGAGUCCUGUCUUCAGUCCUACAACACAGAGCUGGAGCUGCUGUCCUUUGCUGAAGCUACAGAGAAGUCCAGGGAGCAUAUAAAUACUUGGGUCUCAAAAGAGAUGGAAGGUAAAAUUCCAGAGUUGCUACCAAAGAACUCAAUUGAUGAGCAGGCCAGGCUGGUUCUUGUUGAUGCCAUCUACUUCAAAGGAACAUGGGAUGAGCCAUUUGACAAAUCACAUGUGUGUGAAAUGCCUUUCCUAAUAAAUCAGGAGGAGUCAAGGCCAGUGCAGAUGAUGUGUCAGAAAGCCAAUUUUAACUACAUCUACAUCAGUGAGGCCCAGACACAGGUGUUGGAGCUGCCCUAUGCUGGCAAGACGCUGAGCAUGAUCAUCCUGCUCCCAGAUGAGGAUGUGGGCCUCAGUGUGGUGGAAAAUAGCCUUACUUUUGAGAAAUUCCUAGACUGGACCGAGGCAGCAUCUUUGCAGAAUAUUAAAGUGGAAGUUUUCAUUCCAAGAUUUAAACUGCAGGGGGAUUACAUCAUGGAGUCUGUGCUUCAGCGUCUGGGAAUGGUUGAUGUCUUCCAAGAGGGCCAGGCUGACUUGUCUGCAAUGUCAACUAAGACAGACCUGUGUCUGUCCAAGUUUGUGCACAAGAGUAUCUUGGAAGUGAAUGAGGAAGGCACUGAGGCUGUGGCGGGCUCACAUAUACUUGAUGUGGAUGCCUGCUUUUCAUAUUUACCAUAUUUCAAUGCUGAUCACCCCUUCCUUUUCUUUAUCAGGCAUAACGAAACUAACACUCUUCUGUUCUGUGGCAGAUUCUCAUCUCCCUAAGGGUUGUACUUCCCCACCAUGAAAAAUUUCCUUCUUUCCAUGUCCCCAAGUUCCCACUACAGUUCAUAAGGAUGGACCUUUAGGUGAAAACCAAGUAGGAAGAUAAGGGCAGCAUCCUAAGCCUUCUUAACAACUUGAUCUUAUUUGAUCUCAUGAUGCACACACUCAGCUGUCCCCACACUGCCCACUCACUGUACCACAGAACCAGGUCAUGGCCAAUAGGCUGUCCUGAUUCCCUGUUGUAUUAGGAUGAGUGCAGUACAGAUGCCUAGGAUAGCUUGCAAACUUUCCCCAGAUGGCCCCAAACACAUUUCCCAGUCAUUCCACAUGCAAUUCCUUCUACUUAUCCUGUGCUUUCCUGUAUUUUAAACUUGUCAUACACCUGCCUUAGCUAAAUGCCACAAUAGUAAUAAAUGCUGGUAUAUACUGUUACUAUUAUUCAAGUUUAAAGGAAAACCAAGUUUUAGUCUGGAGGUGUGUCUCAGUGGUAGAGCACUUUCCUAGCAUAUGUGAGGCUCUAGGUUUGGCCCUGAGCACCACAAAAAUUAAAAUAAAUAAAUAAAGAUAUUGUGUUCAUCUACAACUAAAAAAACACUUCAAUACACAUUUUAGUUUUGUCUAUCUUUGACAUUCACCCUUCAUCAUUCACCACAUAUAUGCUAAGAAUUACAAUAGAUAAUAGGGUCACAACUGAACAGAGUCAUAGUCCUUUGAUAUCUGCUCUUUAAUGUGUGUUCUUAAUUUAUAUAGAGUUUAUGACAACCAGAUUGGACAAUUGAAUAGCUUUGAACUGCCAUAUACCCCCCUUGCAGCUAGGAUACCUUGCCUGGUGGUAUUGUGCCUCAGUCUGGCUAGGAACAAAAUCAUGAGCCACUGAAGCAGGAACAAACUUUAUUUCUGAACUCCACCAGCACGCUCCACACAUGCUCCCAGGAAAAAUGCCAAAUGCCAUGCCACGUGGCUCCUCCUGGGACACACUACACCAACAGGAAAAUCCCUCCUCCGGAAUUCCCUCCUACCGCACUUCCCCAACCAAUGGGAACUCUCUGGGAGUCCCGCACAAGAGCUCCAAAGUAACAGGCCUAGGCAGACAGCAGGGGUCUAAUCUCCAAUUGAAUGCACAUCUUAACAUAAUCAUUAUCAUCUCAAUGGCUUGCUGGGGUCACCUUCCAACCAAAA